UCAGGCACAUUUAAAGCCACACUUCCCUUUUGGGUCCUUAGCACACGCUUUUGUUUACAACCACGUCACCAGGAAAUACAUCCCGGAGUGUCAACAUGCAGAGACAGGACUCCCAAGACGCGCCUCUCUUUGGUGAAGAUGAAGGCAACAUGCGGGAUAGAAAGUCCAACAUAAAACACCCGCUGGUCUCUUUCUUCCACCUCUUCUUCCGAACAAGUGCCAUCUUGGUCUACUUACUGUGCGACAUCUUCAGCAGCCGCUUCAUCGCCUGUAUGGUCACCAUCAUCCUGCUGCUGUCAUGUGACUUCUGGACCGUCAAGAAUGUAUCUGGCAGAUUGUUGGUGGGCCUCCGGUGGUGGAAUCAAGUGGAUAAAGAUGGAAAGAGCCACUGGGUAUUUGAGUCCAGGAAGACACACAGUCCGAACAUGACGUCCAGUGCCGAGUCCCGGAUCUUCUGGCUUGGACUCAUUGUGUGUCCCGUCUUCUGGAUGAUUUUUGCGUUCAGCACCAUCUUCUCUUUCAAGAUUAAAUGGCUGGCUGUAGUGAUCAUGGGCUUAGUUUUACAAUGGGCUAACUUGUACGGCUAUGUCAGGUGCAAGUUGGGUGGAAAGUCCAACCUGGGAAACAUGGCAAAGAACUAUCUUGGUGCCCAGAUUUUUAAACAGGCAAUGAUGACAAAAGAGGAACCUUGAAGUUGAAGAGGACGAGUGACGACACAUCUGCAGUGUGAUGGACACUUUAUAUUUACUUCAUUCCUGUUGGCCUUGUCUGAGGGUGUCUGAGGGUUUUUGUAAUUUCACUCAAGCUUUGGAUAAAACUGAUUUUGUAAGUGUUGUUUUCUCCGAAUUCACUGGCUGAUAAAUUACGGAAUGAUUGCCAAACUUUUCUAAUAAUUCAAUUAAAGUACAAUGUAGUUGCUUUUGACAAUACAUUUUGUAGUUUUUGCAGUGCAUCAGUUCAGUGCACAGGGAGAGUUGUAAUUUUUUUUACUGAUGUGAGGUAUUUAUAAAUGCAAAACCCUUACUGCUAAACUGAGUUCACCAUAAGACUGGCACAGUCCCUAAAUCCGGAGUAAUGAAGGUACUGUAAUGUUAAAAUGCCUGAUUCCUGAUGGGAUUUGGAUCAAUGCAUUACUUUUUGUGACUUAUGACAGCUCAGCCCUGCAGGCAUCAUCUCUGUACUACCACUAACUACUACUACUACUAAUAUACUAGUAUUAAUGUACUGUAUAUUGUUGUGAAAAGGGCUUUUGGGAGUAAUUUAUAGAUUUGUUUCCUUAUUGUGCCUACUAUUUAAACCUGGAUUGUGGACCUAAAAGUUAUACUACUGCUUUAAGUUUGUUUUAAUCUAACUUAAUUUUGUUUUAUUUUAAAAAUGUCAUAAAUGACAAUGUGGGAUAUGAUAGGGAGAAGUAUAAAAUUUGCUGAAAUAAGUGCCAAUUGGGUUUGAUUUUAUACAAAAACUGGACUUUAAAGAAAGUGUUGUGUUUUAUAAAAAAUAAAAAAAUAAAUGAAUACAACAAUAAACUUA